AUGAAAAGUUUAUAUGAAUACAUUUCACAUAUUUGUAAUAACGAUGAGAAUAAAAGUAUUGAAUUCGAAAAUUUACUAUUAAGUGGUCAUUUAACUGGAUUUAACAAUUUUCUAUUUUCUGGUAUAAUAAUUGAGAAUUCUGAAAGCAUUGGUAUUCCUCAAAUUCCCUCUUCGAAUUUAGAGCAUAAGGCCAUAAUAGAUGAAACAAUUGUAUUUCUCUUAAAGAACAAAUUAUUUAAUAAUGUCUUAACAUAUGGAUAUAGAUUAGCCAAGAACUUUGAUGUGACGACAGCAUUACAUUGUGAAUCGGUAAAUAGCAAUGUACAGAUAAUCAAUAAUUCCACUUGGAAGAUUUUACGUAAUCUAAUUGGAAAUUCGAAUUUUGUUAAUAUAUUAGUUAAUUUUACGGUUAUUCUCAUUACUGAUGACACUUUUAUGCAAGUAAUUGGCAAUCGUAUGAAUAUGAAGAAUAAACUACCAACUAAACCCAUCGUUUCAUCCGAUGGGGAAUAUUUAUUGAAUUUAUUGUAUUCACCAAUAAAUGUUAAAAAUUAUUUGCAUAAAAACUCAUGGGAAUUUAGAUACUACAAUAUUUUACCUAAAGUUGGUCAUAUAGAUGAACUUAGAGAAUUGAUUUUUAGUCCAACUUUAAUGAAGAUCUCAAGGUUGUUAAAAAAAAACAUUAAUGAAAUGCUUAGUCAAAUAGUAUCAAAUCAUAAAAAAUCAAUAAAGUACCUUAAUAUAUUAAAUAAUAUUUGUCCAGCAAAUACUGACCCAGAAAUACCUCAUUUAGAAAGACAAAUUAACCCAAAGGAUGUGAACAGAUUUUUAAUAGUAAUUUUAGAGAAAUUACUACCAAAGGAUUGUUUGGGAUCAUCUAAAAAUAAAAGCUACUUAUUUUCAAAAAUAUCGAAAUUAAUAAAUCUGCCAAUGUAUUCUAAUAUGUCGUUUAUUGAAAUAGUAGAGGGAUUAAAAACCAACGAUUUUAAGAUUUUUACAUCUGGGAAGAAAUUAAGUUUGCCUGAAUUUAAUAAAUUAAAACUAAUAAUCCACCAAUUCACCUCAUGGAUAUUUCGUUUUUUAGUUCCAAAUAUUAUCUCGACAUUUUUUUAUUGUACUAAUGUAUCAUCUGGAAUUGAAAUAAUAUUUUUCAGACAUGACGUCUGGAAUAAAAUCUCAAUGAAGUUUUUAGAUGGAUACUUUUCAGAAUAUAUGAUUGAAAACUCUGUCUGUAAAAACCAUGAGAGCUACACAUUGUCAGAAUAUAAUCACAGCAAAUUGAGGGUUAUUCCAAAGAGUGCAAAAGAUGAGUUUCGUACGUUGGCAAUUCCACUAAAGGGUAUGGAUUCCGAUGAACUAAUUGCUUAUAAGGAAAACAACAAGAAUAUAAUCGAACCUGUGAAGGCAAUUUUAGAAUAUCUUAGAAGCUGUAGAAAAACCCACUUUAACAAGCUUUAUUCUACAUCAGAAAUUUCUGACUACAUAAACUUAUUCGAAAGGCAAUUAUUAAAGCAAUUUAGCUUUCUCCCGGUGUUACAUGUAAUAAAGUUUGACAUCAAAUCUUGUUAUGAUAGCUUGCCUAGAAUAAAAUUGAUUGAAGUACUGCAAAAGUUACUGGAAUGUGAGAAGGGAUUUUAUGUAAGGUCACAAUCGUUUUAUGAUCUUAAUAAGAAAAUUUUACAAACAAAAUUUAUUGUAAAUGGUAGUAGAAAACCAAAAGAUUCAGAAAUUUAUAUCGAUAAUGUUAAGACAACCUUCUUUUCAAAAGAAGACUUAUUAGAAGUUGUCAAAACAGAAAUAUUUAAAACAUCACUGGUAUAUGGGGACAAAUGUUAUCUAAGAAAAGACGGUUUAUUUCAGGGUUCUUCAUUGUCUGCUCUCCUAGUAGACUUAUUAUAUGAUGACCUUCUUGAAUAUUACCCAAUAUUUAGACAAAUUAGCGGAGAACAUUCAAUAGUUCUACGAUUAGCGGAUGAUUUCCUGAUAAUUACAACGAGCCAGUCCCAAUUUAUGGAAUUGAAAUGUUUGUGUACAAACGGAUUCAAAGAGUAUGGUGCUAUUCUGAAUUCUGAUAAAAUAGUUUACAAUUCUACAAAUUCUAAAAAAGUGAAUAUCAUUAGCUUUUGUGCAGUUAAUAUUUGUAUCAAUUCCUUAAAUGUCUGGAAGCAUUCUAAGGAAUUUAAUGUCCCGCUAAUCAAUUUAACCUCACCGAAAAUGAUAUAUAGAAGAUUAAAUUCCCUUUUUAAAAUGCGUCUAAGCUAUGCUAUUACCUCUCCAUACCCUUCAAGGACCAAACUUGUACUUAUGCAACUAUAUCAUGUAUCCAAGAACGUGUCAGUAAUUUAUAAAAAAGCAUUUGAGAAAAAAAAAAUAAUUAAAGAAGAUUUUGGUAGAUUCAUGGAAAGUAUUAUAGAAACCACCAUGAAUACAUUUCCUGAACUGUCAGAUAAUCAAGAAUUUUUGAACUGUGUUCGAACAGUAAUCGACGUCACUUUCUUUAGGACAUUAGUGCCCAACAGAUACAGGUAUAAAAAUGCUCUUUCCUAUUUAAAAUGUAGAAAACUUAAACAUGCUAAAUACAUAUACGAGAGUUAA